AUGGCGCAUGCAGUUGUGGGCCCAUGGACUGGGCCGGGUAUCGACGCGCUCUGCGCGGAGCGCGCCUCGUGGUCCAUUGGCGACGUCCUGGAGGUCGAACUCUGGCACGAGCAGUUCGGGGACUCUUGCGGGACGGGCGUGGUCGAGGUCAUUGGCCAUGGGCCUCGGACUCGCCUUUUUGAAGCCCGCGUUCUCGACGUCGAAGAUCAAUAUCAUCAUUGGUGGAUAUUCCAGAGCCAGAAGGCGGAGAACCCAGGCCUGUUCAGGGCGACGGCGGGGAAAGGCGACGACGACGAGACGGUUUUCCGGGGCCGGGAGAUCACGCCGGUUUACAAGUGGCGCGUCUUGAACGGCAGCGGGCUCGAGGCGGACCUCGCCGUCGUCGGCUGGCUCUCGGAGCAGCGGCGCAAGGGCAUCCUGGACGAGUUGCGCGGCCGCCAUGCGGCCGCGGGAGCCCUGGGUACGCGGGCCGCGGACGGCCCCGGGGACCAGGCGACUUGCGGCGCCUCGAAGCCAGCGUGGGACGGGGUCGUGACCCUACGCCUGCACGCCUCGGCGAGGAGCGCCAGGACCAUCAGGUCCCUCCAGCUGAUGGCGGACAAGGUGGGCAGGGAGGGGGAGGCGCACGCCUGGGAGAAGAACGACACCCCAGCCGCCGCCAAGUCUUACUACUUGCGCGUCCUGCAACCGCUGACGGGGGCAGGGCUGCGCAACAACAGGGAGAUGGCCACCUUGUGCGCGGCCCUCGACCACCUAGCACGGGGCCGGACCGCGUUUGCGGCGGAUGUCCUCACGAUGAGGUUGAAGGCGGUGGAAAUGGCCAGCCGGCACGGCAAUUGGGACCGUGCGCAAUUCUUGGAGCUCGUGGAGAAGGACGACACGACGCUGACGACCAUGGGGAAGGAGCAGAUGGCCACACAGGAGCUGGCGAUGCAGCGGAAGCUCGAAAGCCGGGGCAAGGGGCACGGCUUCGACAACGAGUGGCGGAACUCAGGGAACGCUCCUGGCAGCUCCGGCAAGGGGGCCAAGGACAAGAACGGCCGCCAGCACAAGGGCAUAGGGGAAGGACGGGAAGGACAGGAAGGGGAGAGGUCAGUAGGCCAGCGAGCGUGCGCCACGCCAGCGUCCACCCGCAGCCCGGUGGCUGGCGACGCGGCGCGCACUCCCGGGUGGACGCCCGCGUGUCGCACCAGUUUCGCGGCGGAGCUCGGUUCUGCCCAGAUCCUCGCCGAGUGGCAGGCCGCUCUGCGAC